AUGGCUGACGACGACGUGCUGUUCGAGGACGUGUACGAGCUCUGCGAGGUGAUCGGCAAGGGUCCCUUCAGCGUUGUGCGGAGAUGCAUCAACAGGGAAACAGGGCAACAGUUUGCUGUAAAGAUUGUCGAUGUAGCAAAAUUCACUUCAAGUCCUGGAUUAAGCACAGAAGAUCUGAAGAGAGAAGCCAGUAUUUGUCACAUGCUGAAACAUCCUCAUAUUGUUGAACUAUUGGAGACAUACAGCUCAGAUGGAAUGCUUUAUAUGGUCUUUGAGUUUAUGGAUGGAGCAGAUCUGUGUUUCGAAAUUGUGAAGAGAGCAGAUGCUGGAUUUGUGUACAGUGAGGCUGUAGCUAGUCAUUACAUGAGACAGAUACUGGAAGCUCUUCGUUACUGUCAUGAUAAUAAUAUAAUCCACAGGGAUGUGAAGCCACACUGUGUACUGCUUGCCUCAAAAGAGAAUUCAGCCCCAGUAAAGCUUGGUGGCUUCGGGGUAGCAAUUCAGUUAGGAGAGUCUGGGCUAGUUGCUGGAGGACGUGUAGGAACACCUCAUUUUAUGGCCCCAGAAGUGGUAAAAAGGGAGCCUUAUGGGAAGCCUGUAGAUGUUUGGGGUUGUGGUGUGAUCCUUUUUAUCCUGCUAAGUGGCUGCUUGCCUUUUUAUGGAACCAAGGAAAGAUUAUUUGAAGGCAUUAUUAAAGGAAAAUACAAGAUGAAUCCUAGGCAAUGGAGCCAUAUCUCUGAAAGUGCCAAAGAUCUGGUACGCCGCAUGCUUAUGUUGGAUCCAGCAGAAAGGAUAACAGUAUAUGAAGCACUGAAUCAUCCCUGGUUAAAGGAGAGAGAUCGCUAUGCAUACAAGAUUCAUCUUCCAGAAACAGUAGAACAAUUGAGAAAGUUCAAUGCAAGACGAAAACUAAAGGGGGCAGUACUAGCAGCUGUGUCAAGCCACAAAUUCAACUCCUUCUAUGGUGACCCCCCAGAAGAGCUGCCAGACUUCUCUGAAGACCCUACCUCCUCAGGACUUCUAGCAGCAGAAAGAGCAGUCUCACAGGUGCUGGACAGCCUGGAAGAAAUUCAUGCACUUACAGACUGCAGCGAAAAAGACUUAGAUUUUCUUCACAGUGUUUUCCAGGAUCAGCAUCUUCACACACUACUAGAUCUCUAUGACAAAAUAAACACAAAAUCUUCACCACAAAUCAGGAAUCCUCCAAGUGAUGCUGUACAGAGAGCCAAAGAGGUAUUGGAAGAAAUUUCAUGUUACCCAGAGAACAAUGAUGCAAAGGAGCUAAAGCGUAUUUUAACACAACCUCAUUUCAUGGCCUUACUUCAAACUCAUGAUGUAGUGGCACAUGAAGUUUACAGUGAUGAAGCGCUGAGGGUUACACCUCCUCCCACCUCUCCAUACUUAAACGGAGAUUCGCCAGAGAGCGCCAACGGCGACAUGGACAUGGAGAACGUAACACGAGUGCGACUGGUGCAGUUCCAGAAGAACACAGACGAACCAAUGGGAAUCACCUUAAAAAUGAAUGAGCUGAACCAUUGCAUUGUGGCAAGAAUUAUGCACGGAGGAAUGAUUCACCGGCAAGGUACGCUACAUGUAGGGGAUGAAAUCCGAGAAAUAAAUGGAAUCAGUGUGGCAAAUCAAACUGUAGAACAACUACAAAAAAUGCUUAGGGAAAUGCGUGGAAGUAUUACCUUUAAGAUUGUGCCAAGUUACCGCACGCAAUCUUCAUCUUGUGAGAGAGAUUCCCCCUCUACAUCCAGACAGUCCCCAGCUAAUGGUCAUAGCAGCACUAACAAUUCUGUUUCGGACUUGCCAUCGACAACACAACCAAAAGGACGACAGAUAUAUGUAAGAGCACAAUUUGAAUAUGAUCCAGCAAAGGAUGACCUCAUUCCUUGCAAAGAAGCUGGCAUCAGAUUCCGAGUUGGUGAUAUUAUCCAAAUCAUAAGCAAAGAUGAUCACAACUGGUGGCAGGGUAAACUUGAGAACUCAAAGAAUGGUACUGCAGGUCUUAUUCCUUCUCCUGAACUUCAAGAAUGGCGAGUUGCUUGUAUUGCCAUGGAGAAGACCAAACAGGAGCAACAGGCCAGCUGUACUUGGUUUGGAAAGAAAAAAAAGCAGUACAAAGACAAAUAUUUGGCAAAGCACAAUGCAGUGUUUGAUCAAUUAGAUCUCGUCACAUACGAAGAAGUAGUAAAACUGCCAGCAUUCAAAAGGAAAACACUAGUCUUACUAGGUGCACACGGUGUUGGAAGACGACACAUAAAGAACACACUCAUCACAAAACACCCGGACAGAUUUGCUUACCCCAUUCCCCACACAACCCGACCUCCAAAGAAAGAUGAAGAAAAUGGGAAAAAUUACUACUUUGUAUCACAUGACCAAAUGAUGCAGGAUAUAUCAAACAAUGAAUAUUUGGAAUAUGGCAGCCAUGAGGAUGCAAUGUAUGGGACAAAACUGGAAACAAUACGAAAGAUCCAUGAGCAGGGACUAAUUGCAAUACUUGAUGUAGAACCUCAGGCAUUGAAGGUCCUGAGAACUGCAGAGUUUGCUCCUUUUGUUGUUUUUAUUGCUGCACCUACAAUCACCCCAGGCAUUAAUGAGGAUGAAUCUCUUCAGCGCCUGCAGAAGGAGUCUGAAAUCUUACAAAGAACAUAUGCACACUACUUUGACCUAACAAUUAUCAACAAUGAAAUUGAUGAAACUAUCAGGCACCUGGAGGAAGCCAUCGAGCUUGUGUGUACAGCCUCACAGUGGGUCCCGGUCUCCUGGGUCUACUAGAGCAGUCCUGAGAGAAUCGAAAAAUAAAAACAAAAAACAAAUCUGUUAUUACUGGGAACCACCUCAUACUUGGAAAACCUCUUCGUUAUUGACCUUGUGUCAACAGG